UUCAACAUCAUUUCUCUCUGAGGAACAGUUAAGAUGUCUUCUGGAUGAGUGCACAUUCAAACAUAAAUCCACGAUGAGACUCUAUUCAGAAAGAGAAGAGAAAAAGAUUGAGGAUAUAACACCUGAGUUCCCCCAGCUUUCCAGAUCUAUUCUGUCUGAGUCACUAAAUGGGUCAAAAGCAAAGGUCAAAAGCACUGAGGUGGAAGAUGUAAACAUGCCUGAGAACACAGAAUGUGAAAUAUCUAGAGGCUACUACCUCACCAAAGCCUUGACUGGGCAUUAUAUGUCACAAUCUCUUGUCAUCGAAGCAGAGUAUAUGAAAUGCCUCCAAUCUUCUGAGGACAAGGUUAUUAGUGACACAGAAGACUACUUUAUGUCGAAGACCCUUGGCAUUGGGAGACUGAAAAGGCCCUCCUUCUUGGAUGAUCCACUGUAUGACAUAAAUGUGAGCCUUGCAUCCGAAUACCAACAUCUGAAACUCAGCCCUCCAGAGAAACCAAAACCAGGUGACCAGGAGACUGAAAAUGUGAUAGAAGAAUGUAAAGAGUCUUAAGCAAAGAGUUGCUGGAAUAUGCUUUUAAAAAAGUUGGUAAUUUAAGUUAAAUCACACUGUUUACAAAUUCUUUGAAUUCAGUGAAUACAUUGUAGAAACCAUCCCUCAAAUGAUGAUAUUGGAUUCUCUCUUUUUGGUUCACACUUCCUUGAUAUUUUUGAGACUGGUGGUAUAAUUAUUC